AUGAAGACUUUUGCCUCUACCAUCUCCAAGGUCUUCUACGGAACUCUUAUCCACUCCGUCUCUAUCAAGGAGAUCGAGUACAUUCUCCAGGGUCUCCUUUUCAUCGAUAACCAGGGCAAGAUAGCCAAGAUCGUCAAGAAUGUCUCCCAGGACAAGCUUGAUGCUGCCCUCGAAGGUGUUGACAGUGACAAGCUCGUCCGCUUGACCAGCGACCAGUUCGUCAUCCCCGGAUUCGUCGACACCCACAUCCAUGCUCCUCAGUAUGCUUUCUGCGGAAACGGACAUGAUCUGCCUUUGCUCGAGUGGCUCGACACCUACACCUUCCCUGCCGAGGCCCGCUUCGCCGACAAGGACUACGCCCGCCGCCUCUACACAAAGUCCGUCGCCCGUUCGCUCCGCAACGGUACCACCGCUGCCUGCUGGUAUGCUACCAUCCACCUUGAGUCUUGCAAGGAGCUCGUCCAGGUCAUCCAGGAGCAGGGUCAGCGUGCCUAUGUCGGCAAGGUCAACAUGAACCAGAACUCGCCCGAUUUCUUGGUCGAGACCACCGAGUCAUCUGUCCGUGACACUCGUGCCUUUAUCGAGUACGUCAAGGAUGUUAACGCCAAGAUUGAGAACAAGCCCCUUGUCACCCCCAUCAUCACCCCUCGCUUUGCCAUCUCCUGCACCUCGGACCUCUUGACCGAGUUGGGCAAGUUGGCCGAGGAGUACCAGUUGCCUAUCCAGUCGCAUCUCUGUGAGAACAUGAACGAGAUUGGCUUCACCAUGUCGCUCUUCCCCGAGUCCGUCAACUACACUGCCGUCUAUGCUGACCACGGCCUCCUGAACGACCGCACCGUCAUGGCCCACUGUGUCCACAUGAAGGACGAGGAGCUCGAUCUCGUCAAGGAGAAGGAAGCCGGUAUCUCCCACUGCGCCAACUCCAACUUCAACCUCAAGUCCGGCAUCGCCAACGUCCGCAAGAUGCUCAACAAGGAUAUCAAGGUCGGUCUCGGUACCGAUGUCGCUGGUGGUUACACCCCCUCGAUCCUCGAGGCCCUCCGCGCCUCUCGCACCGCCUCCGUCGCCAUCGACAUGGAGUCCUCCUUGGUCGUUGCUGAGCUCUUCUACCUCGCCACUGUUGGUGGUGCCCGUGUCAUGGGGUUGGAGGACACUAUCGGAAACUUUGAGGUCGGCAAGGAGUUUGAUGCCAUCUUGGUCAACGCCUCGUCCGACAACUCCCCUGUCGAUAUCCACGAACAUGACACCGUCGAGACCUCGUUCGAGAAGUACCUCUUUGUCGGCGACGACCGUAACCACGAGAAGAUCUUUGUCCAAGGCAAGGAGGUCCGCAUUCCUGGCAACGCCUCUCGCAAGUAA